AUACUCUCACCCGGGCUGAUCUGUCAGUUUUUCUCAAUGUCCUGACAGACCCACACUGACAACUGUCAUUGGAUCAGAAUGGAAACAGAAAAGGAAGAACACAGAGACGAAAGCAGGAGCUGUACGGAUACAUGAAGACAAUGACAGAGGAUUUGAUUUUCCUAGACACCUGAGGGCUCCUGCCAAACUGUUUAGGAAAUCUCUGACUCAACCGGUUCUUGAUGACUUCUUUUGCUCAUGGAUUUAUUUUACCUGCCACUUUCUAACUGAACAAACUUCUUGUGGAUUACGUUGGCAACAUUUUGAAUUCAACUCUCAAAGACGUUCCGUUUCAGAUUUGUGUCUCUAUUUAUGUUGAUGACAGCUUAAAGUCCAUUUCAGCAUCACUAUUUGACUUUUACUACCUUUUUUUAUGUUAUAUUUCUUUGUGUCAUAUAGAUAUAUUGUCAGAAAAAGUCAAGUGUAGUGUUCAGUGAUAAUAUGCUGUUGAAAUGGUGUAAUGACGCUGGAUUUUGAGCUACAGUGACAGCAGAGUGAGUGAUUUGAUCUGACACCUGACACACUGCUGGAGCUCAGCAUGGCCUCUCGCUGCAGCGCAUAGACGGGGUCAAAAAGUUGUGCUGUAACCAUGGCAAUCCGGAUGAAGCAGCCCCAGGGACAUGGCAUAUCCUCUAUAUUUUCUUGUUGCUUUAGAGGUAGUGAACAGCCAGAGAUAACCUACUGUCAUGACAACCCCAACAAUGCUGCUGUACUGGAGCCCACCCUGCCAAUGCCCCCCGUUCAAGAGCUGGACUCUCUGUUCACUGAGCUGGUGGAUGAACUGGAUCUUACAGAUGAACACAGAGCCGCCAUGUUUUCUCUGCCAGCAGAGAAGAAGUGGCAGAUCUACUGUGGCAAGAAACUGGAGGCAGAGGAGAACAAUGGAGCAACCAGAUGGCCAGAGUAUUAUAUUGACCAGCUCAGGUCCCUGGCCGCUAGGAAGACUCUGCUGUCACUGGAGGAUGACGAAGAGCAGGGAAAUCAUAAAAUCGCAGAUGGCCUGAAGACGGCACUGAGGACACAGCCGAUGAGGUUUGUGACGCGGUUCAUUGAAUUGGACGGCCUGUCUUGCAUCCUGAAUUUCCUCAAGUCAAUGGACUAUGAGACCACCAACUCUCAGAUCCACACCUCCCUGAUCGGCUGCAUCAAGGCUCUGAUGAACAACUCCCAGGGCAGGGCUCAUGUGCUCGGUCACUCUGAGAGCAUCAACAUCAUCGCACAGAGUCUCACCACUGAAAGCAUCAAAACCAAGGUUGCAGUGUUAGAGAUCCUUGGUGCAGUAUGUUUGGUUCCAGGAGGCCAUAAGAAGGUUCUAGAGGCCAUGCUGCACUACCAGAAAUUUGCCUCGGAGAGAACGCGCUUUCAGACCUUGCUGAAUGACUUGGACAGAUCCACGGGCCGCUACAGAGAUGAAGUUAACCUGAAGACGGCCAUCAUGUCCUUCAUCAAUGCUGUGCUCAGUCAGGGAGCAGGAGAGAGCAGUCUGGAGUUCCGUAUCCACUUACGUUAUGAGUUCCUGAUGUUGGGCAUUCAGCCCAUCAUUGACAAGUUACACUCUAAUGACAACGCCAUCCUGAACAGACAUUUAGACUUCUUUGAGAUGUUGAGGAAUGAAGACGAGCUUCUGAUGUCCAAACAGUUUGAUGCUGUCCAUGUAGAAACUAAAAGUGCCAGCCAGAUGUUUGACGUGAUCAAGAAACAUCUGAGCCACACUGAAGCGUACCCUCACCUGUUGUCUGCACUGCAACACUGCCUCAUGAUGCCUUACAAGCAGAGCAACACCACACUUCAGUACUGGGUGUUGUUGGAUCGGAUCGUCCAGCAGUUGGUUCUGCAGACAGACAAAGGGGAAAACCCCGAUGUGGCUCCACUGGAGGACUUCAACGUUAGAAACAUUGUAAGCAUGCUCAUCAAAGAGAGCGAGGUCAAACAAUGGAAAGAACAAGCUGAUAAAAUGAGAAAAGAGCACCAGAACCUACAGCAGCGCUUUGAAAAGAGAGAGCGGGAGUGUGAGGCCAAGAACAAGGAGAAAGACGACAUGAUGGUCAUGCUGAACAAGCUGAAAGACAAACUGGAGCGGGAAAGCAACGAGCACAAGCAGGCUCGACAACAAGUGGGAGACCUGUCUGCCCGGCUGCAGCAGCAAAGCUCCACCUCCAGUGUGCCAGGAGGACCUCCCGUGGCGUAUGCCGGUUCAGUUCCUCCAGGUCCUGUCCCGUCCCUGCCUUUUGCUCCUCCUCCUCCACCACCUCCCCCUCCGCCACCUCCUCCCCCAGGAGGCCCACCAGGUUUUGGCAUGGCUCCGUUUGCCCCACCUCCUCCACCAGGAGCUCCACUAGCGACAGCCCAGAGGAAGAAUAUUCCUCGGCCAUCCAACCCCCUGAAGUCGUUCAACUGGAGCAAGCUGCCUGAGAGCCAGUUAGAAGGAACCAUAUGGAAAGAGAUGGAUGAUCUCAAGGUGUUUAAAGUUCUGGAUCUAGAAGAGUUCCAGCAGACCUUCUCAGCCUACCAGAAACCUCAAGUGUUACAUAAGGAUCCUGGGGAGGACCAGUCAUUUGUGAGGAAAGUGAAGGAGCUGUCAGUAAUCGACGGUCGCCGAGCUCAGAACUGCAACAUUCUGCUCUUACGACUGAAGCUGACCAAUGAGGAGAUUCGACAUGCUGUCCUGUCCAUGGACGAACAGGAAGACUUACCUAGAGACAUGCUGGAGCAGCUCCUGAAGUUUGUUCCUGAGAAGAGUGACAUUGAGCUGUUAGAGGAGCACAAGCAUGAGCUGGAUCGCAUGGCCAAAGCAGACCGCUUCCUGUAUGACAUGAGCAGCAUCAACCACUAUCAACAGAGACUGCAGUCCCUCUACUUCAAGAAGAAGUUUGCUGAAAGAGUGGCUGAGCUGAAACCUAAAAUCAAAGCUCUGAGUCUUGCCUCCCAGGAGGUGGUGCAGAGCGGGGCCCUGCGUCAGCUCCUGGAGGUGGUGCUGGCCUUCGGAAACUACAUGAACAAAGGACAGCGAGGAAACGCCUGGGGAUUCAAAGUGUCCAGCCUCAACAAGAUAGCCGACACCAAGUCCAGCAUUGACAAAAACGUCACUCUGCUCCAUUACAUGAUCACUGUGCUGGAGAGGAAAUACCCAAAGGUGGCAGCUUUCAGCGAAGAGCUACAAAAUGUGCCAGAAGCUGCUAAAGUCAACAUGACAGAGUUGGAGAAAGACAUUGGCAAGCUGAGAUCUGGCCUAAAAAAUGUUGAAGCGGAGCUGCAGUACCAGGAGGGCCGCUCCCCUCAGGGUCCUCAGGACAGGUUUGUCCCUGUGGUCAGUCAGUUCAUCACUGUGGCCUCCUUCAGCUUCUCUGAUGUGGAGGACUCACUCAGUGAGGCCAAACAAGUGUUUGGAAAGGCGCUGGCACAUUUCGGAGAAGAAACGUCCAACAUGCAGCCAGAUCAGUUCUUUGGGAUCUUCCACACCUUCCUCACAGCUUACUCAGAGGCACAGCAGGACAAUGAGAACAUGGCGAGACGCAAAGAGGAGGAGGAGAGACGGGAAAUCAAGGAGGCACAGCUGAAGAGAGACAAGGAGCUGAAGGCAAAGACGGCCAGAGCGAAUGCAGGAGAGGAGGGCGGUGAGUUCGAUGACCUGGUGUCCGCUCUGCGCUCUGGAGAAGUGUUCGAUCGGGAUAUGUCCAAAAUGAACCGCAGGAAGCAGCGGACACAGAACGUGUUGGAGAGCAGCCGGGAGAGAGUAGUGACAAGACUAAACCAGUAACCAACUUUACCUUUAAAGCUGUCUGAGAGGACACAGACAUACUGAAACACUGCCGUCUAUGUAACAUAAUCAAUGUAUGUAAAUGUAUGCUUUUUUGAAAAGUAUUAGGCUACUUUGACCAAUUUACAGAAUGAUGAGUCCUUUAUUCCUCCUACAGCAGGGAAAUGUACAAUGUAAGAGCAAAGUGGACAAUGAAAAGGCAAACGUAUAGUUACAUAGUGAAUAAAGACGAACACUUUAAUAAAAUAAAAUCAAUAAGAUCAAGUCCUUGAUAAAAAACCAGUAGUAGCAUUAUAAGAAAAGAAUGGAAACAUAAUCAUGAUGAGGUUAGAGCAAGUAAAAACAUCAAUCAAUUGUAAAAAGUGUAUAUUGCACAUGAGUUAUCUCUCAAUUUUGAGUGUUUUAUGUUAUUUUAAUAGAUUUAGUUUGAAAAGAGAAAGAGAAUAGUAAGAUAUUUAAGUUUUAUAAUACCCCUUGUAUAUUUGCCGAGUUUGCACACAUCUGGUUUAUUUCCAUUUGAAGUGUAAAUGAAUAUGUUCUUAAUGUACAAUUUCAAAUUGUAAUAAUUUCAAGUGUUUCUUGUUGGCUGUUACACACUAGUCCAUCAAUUGUUAUAAACAACGCUUUGUAAAAAUGUAUACAAUUAUAUCCUGCAAUAGUUACAUUUAUAAAGUUAAGGUUUUGAUUUUUAUUUACAAUAAAAAGAAAUCGGGGUGGUUUGCAAUCCCUAUAAAUAGAUAAGAGUUGUUUAAGUCGAACCAUGGAUCAGUAUUAUCUGUUGAUACGGGUAAAUGUAGAGUAGGUAAAUGUAAUUUGGGGGAAAUGAGGAAGUUAAAGGUGUAUUAUUUAUAAAAUGACAGUCCUGCUGCAAGGCUUAAUCUUACAAAACCGGCAUUAUGUCAUAAACAAUACCUGCUGAUUCAAUAAAAAUAUGUGAAAAUGGAUAA